AUGGGGAUCAACAUAAGGAGAGCCACCAUCGAGGAUGUCCAGGCUAUGCAGAAUGCCAACUUGCUCAACUUGCCGGAAAACUACCAGUUGAAAUACUACAUGUACCAUAUCUUGUCCUGGCCCCAGGCCAGUUUCGUCGCUACCACCUAUGACACACUUGAUAACGACGAGGACGAAAACGGAGAGGUUCUUGCCGAAGAGCCAAUAGAAAACAUAGAUCUCAAGGACCCGAAGGGCGACACCUCAUACAUCAGAAAGGGCGAAAAGAUCGUCGGCUACGUUUUGGGCAAAAUGGAGGAUGACCCAGAAGCUGAAGACAAGACUCCACACGGUCACAUUACAUCUUUGGCCGUCAUGAGAACAUACAGAAGAAUGGGAUUGGCGGAGAAAUUGAUGCGCCAGUCGCUAUACGCCAUGUGUGAAGUGUUCAAGGCGAAGUAUGUGUCGCUCCAUGUUAGAAAAUCGAACAGAGCGGCGUUGCAUUUAUACAGAGACUCGUUGGAGUUUACAAUGACAGACAUCGAGAAUUCAUACUACCAGGACGGUGAAGAUGCAUACGCCAUGAGAAAGGACUUAAAGUUGGAGGAGAUGCUCCCGUACCAUGGUUAUGAAGAGCAGGACGACUUUACCCAGGAUCUUAUUUAG